AUGUGGACUGACUGCAUUGCUCAAGAUGGAAGCUCACAGGCCAGUAAGAUUGCAGGCCGCAGGAAGCGAACCAGUUUUAACAAAGAGCAUUUAGAACUUCUAAAAAUGGCUUUCAGCGUGGAUCCUUACCCUGGUAUUAGUGUCAGGGAAAGUCUAUCUCAAGCCACAGGCCUUCCAGAGUCACGUAUUCAGGUGUGGUUCCAGAACAAGAGGGCCAGAACCCUAAAGAACAGAGCCACUUGGACCUCACCACAGCUGGAUAGUACCUCUCCUCUGCCCAGCCCUUUUCUACCUCCUCACAUGGCUAGUGUUGGGGCCAGUGGCCACCAUAGAGGCAUUCAAGAGGCAUCCUUCAACCUUCAGAUGGCUCAAACAUCUCCACAGCACUUUACCUUUCCUCCAACCACCUACAGCACACCUGCUAUUAAGCCACGGCAAAACAGGCUGAUGGGAACCUCUUGUUCUCCCUCUCUUCCCUCUGAUCUGCAAGCUGCAGACAGCUGGAGCUCUGGAGGAAGCACACAGUCCUCUCCUGAGUCUACAUGGAAUCUACCAGCACAGAGUUUUGGGAAUUCCUACAAGGAUGAGAGCCAUUUCUUCCUCUACCCACCACCUCCUUACCCUCAUGGGAGUGCCAGAGUUGGAUGUGUUAGUGACCUGGAGUCACUUGCCACCUCUCCUGCCUCUUCUGAUUCUGCAUUUUGGGACAUGGGACUGGAAAACUGCUCUCCCUCCGUGUCUUACACUGACUGUGGAAGCCCAUUGGACAGGCUCGCUGAGGAGCAGCCUGUGGCCCCACUUCCAGAUCUGUCCUCUCAGUAUCUGGAGGAUGUCCUUGGGGAAAUGGAGCCAGCCUGGUGGAACUUCAAUGGCCAGAUGGAUCUACAGUAAUCUUGCAAACAUCCAUAACCUAAGGAGACAAAGACUGGGUUUAACUUGAAGAGUAGAAUUAUUUCGUUUGGACUGUAUUAUAUAGGAAGCAUGGUAUUGUGCAAG